UGGACUGCAACAUCAUCAAGCAUGGCCUACAUCCUAAGGACACUCAACAGCUGGUUCUGGUGGGAGAAUAUCUGGAUGCCAAUCAACUGCACAUGGGCAGAUUUUGUAGACCGUGAGGGACUUGUCUUUCCAAAACCACAUCAGUUAUAUGCCACAAUUCCCUAUGCUUUUGUAUUGCUGAUUAUCCGAUUCUUCAGUGAAAGAUAUGUUGCUAUACCUCUAGCAAAAGCCUUAGGUAUAAAGAAUGUAAGACGUGUGAAGCCACAGCCUAAUCCUGUUUUAGAGAGUUAUUUCCGGGAGUGCUCAAGACAUCCAUCCCAAUCAGAGAUCCAAGGUCUUGCCAAAAAGUGCAACUGCACAGUGCGUUUGGUGGAGAAGUGGUUCAGGAGGCGACGAAACCUUGAGAUUCCAACAGUCCUUCGGAAAUUCCAGGAAGCUUUCUGGAGAUUUUCAUUCUAUCUUACAUCCUCCAUCGUUGGGUUUAUAUUUCUGUAUGAUAAACCCUGGUUUUACGACAUCUGGCAGACGUGGGUUGGUUAUCCAUUUCAGACCCUGCUGCCAUCCCAGUACUGGUACUACAUGGCUGAGAUUGGGUUUUACUGGUCUCUCCUAUUUACCCUUGGGAUUGACAACAAAAGGAAGGAUUUUAUGGCUCAUGUCGUUCACCACUUGGCAGCCAUUGGGCUGAUGAGUGGCUCUUGGUGUGGCAAUUACGUGCGACUUGGAACUCUGGUGAUAUUUGUGCACGACACUGCAGAUUUCUGGCUCGAGGCAGCCAAAAUGUUUAAUUAUGCUCACUGGGAGAAAACCUGCAAUAUGCUCUUUGUCAUCUUUUCUAUUGCCUUCUUCAUCACCAGGAUCAUACUGUUCCCCUUCUGGAUUCUUCGUGCCACGCUCUAUCUGCCUACAUACUACUCCACAACUCCUGUCAUAGCCUACUUUUUUUUCAAUGGGAUGCUAUUGACCCUCCAAGGUCUACACUUGUAUUGGGGUUACUUAAUUUUCAAGAUUCUGAAAAGGUUCGUUUUCCUAAAGGUAAGAAAUUUUACUUCUUCAGAGAGAUGUGUGAAGUGUCAAACAGAUGCAAAUACCUCCAACAGAUUUACCUAG